AUGCCAGAAUCUACUACAGAGAUACCAACCCCUGAGGCAACAAUGACAACAACACCUGAAGCUACCACAAAUCUACUAACACCUCAAUCUACCACAAACAAUGCAAUACAUGAUUCUACUGCAAGAAUUAAUACAGACGGAUCCUCCACAGGUAUAACAACAUCUGAUUCAACACAAUGGAUAACAAACAUAGAAUCUACCGCAGCAACUACAUUAACCGAGUCUUCCAUGGAGAUGACAUCACUUGAAGCUACACCAAUGAUGACUGUGCAAGAAACUAUGUCAACAUUAGCAACACCUGAAUCUAACACUGCAAUAAAAACAGCACCUGAAUCUAGUGUAGAAAUAUCAUCAAUUGAAACUACCACUGAUAUAACAAAACUUGACUCAUCUAUACAAACUGAAUCUAUUACAGGAAUAACGAACCUACUGACCACCAGUCACAAAACUAUGCCAGAAUCUACUACAGAGAUACCAACACCUCAGGCUACAAUGACAACAACACCUGAAGCUACCACGAAUCUACUAACACCUGAAUCUACCACAAACAAUGCAAUACAUGAUUCUACUGCAAGGAUAAAUACAGACGGAUCCUCCACAGGUAUAACAACAUAUGAUUCAACACAAUGGAUAACAAACUUAGAAUCUACCGCAGCAACUACAUUAACCGAGUCUUCCAUAAAGAUAACAUCACUUGAAACUACACCAUUGAUGACUGUGCAAGAAACUAUGUCGACAUUAGCAACACCUGAAUCUAACACGCCAAUAGAAACAGCACCUGAAUCUACAGUAGCAAUAUUAUCAAUUGAAACUACCACUGAUAUAACAAAACUUGACUCAUCUAUACAAACUGAAUCUAUUACAGGAAUAACGACACUACCGCCCACCAGUCACAUAACUACGCCAGAAUCUACUGCAGAGAUACCAACACCUCAGGCUACAAUGAUAUCAACACCUGAAGCUACCACGAAUCUACUAACACCUGAAUCUACCACAAACAAUGCAAUACAUGAUUCUACUGCAAGGAUUAAUGCAGACGGAUCCUCCACAGGUAUAACAACAUCUGAUUCAACACAAAGGAUAACAAACUUAGAAUCUACCGCAGCAACUACAUUAACCGAGUCUUCCAUAGAGAUGACAUCACUUGAAGCUACACCAAUGAUGACUGCGCAAGAAACUAUGUCAACAUUAGCAACUCCUGAAUCUAACUCUGGAACAAAAACAGCACCUGAAUCUACUGUAGAAAUGUCAUUAAUUGAAGGUACAACUGAUAUAACAAUACUUGACUCAUCUAUAAAAACUGAAUCUAUUACAGGAAUAACGACACUACCGCCCACCAGUCACAUAACUAUGCCAGAAUCUACUGCAGAGAUACCAACACCUCAGGCUACAAUGAUAUCAACACCUGAAGCUACCACGAAUCUACUAACACCUGAAUCUACCACAAACAAUGCAAUACAUGAUUCUACUGCAAGGAUAAAUACAGACGGAUCUUCCACAGGAAUAACAACAUAUGAUUCAACACAAUGGAUAACAAACUUAGAAUCUACCGCAUCAACUACAUUAACCGAGUCUUCCAUAGAUAUGACAUCACUUGAAACUACACCAAUGAUGUCUGUGCAAGAAACUAUGUCGACAUUAGCAACACCUGAAUCUAACACGGCAAUAACAACAGCACCUGAAUCUACAGUAGCAAUAUCAUCUAUUGAAACUACCACUGAUAUAACAAAACUUGACUCAUCUAUACAAACUGAAUCUAUUACAGGAAUAACGACACUACCACCCACCAGUCACAUAACUAUGCCAGAAUCUACUGCAGUGAUACCAACACCUCAGGCUACAAUGAUAUCAACACCUGAAGCUACCACGAAUCUACUAACACCUGAAUCUACCACAAACAAUGCAAUACAUGAUUCUACUGCAAGGAUUAAUGCAGACGGAUCCUCCACAGGUAUAACAACAUCUGAUUCAACACAAAGGAUAACAAACUUAGAAUCUACCGCAGCAACUACAUUAACCGAGUCUUCCAUAGAGAUGACAUCACUUGAAGCUACACCAAUGAUGACUGUGCAAGAAACUUAUGUCAACAUUAGCAACUCCUGA